AUGACUCGCUUUCGUCCGUGCAUUGAUCUGCACUCCGGGCAGGUGAAGCAGAUUGUCGGCGGAACAUUAAGUACAGUCCCUAGCGAAUUGAAGACGAAUUACGUAUCCAAGCUCCCGGCCAGUCAUUAUGCGGCAUUGUACAGAGAUCACGACUUGCGCGGAGGCCAUGUCGUGAUGCUUGGACCGGGGAAUGACGAGGCGGCAAAAGAAGCCCUGAGGACUUGGCCUGGUGGAUUACAGGUGGCGGGGGGUAUUACGGAUAAAAAUGCACAGUAUUGGAUUGAUCAGGGAGCUGAGAAGGUGAUCAUCACAUCGUUCCUAUUCCCCGAGGGCAAGUUCUCCAAAGAACGCUUAGAAGCCGUCCUCUCCGCUCUCGGCGGCGACAAGUCAAAGCUGGUCUUGGACUUGAGCUGUCGAAGAAAGGAUAACACAUGGUUCGUAGCCAUGAAUCGAUGGCAGACCAUCACCGAGAUGGAAAUCAACCAAGAAUCGAUAUCCAUGCUCGAGCCAUACUGCUCGGAAUUCCUAAUCCACGCAGCCGACGUCGAGGGCCUACAGCAGGGCGUUGACGAGGAAUUGGUAUCCAAACUCGCCCAAUGGUGUACGAUUCCCGUCACGUAUGCUGGAGGAGCGCGUCAUCUCCAGGACUUGGAGAAGGUGAAGACGAGCAGUGGAGGGAAAGUUGACUUGACUAUUGGUAGCGCGUUGGAUAUCUUUGGUGGUCAGGGGGUUACGUUUGAGGAGUGUGUUAGAUGGAAUAAGGAGAAUUAG